AUGCCCAACAAGCAUCAGAAGUACACGAAGUUUAAGCCGUGCUGGUGUCGAAAAUCAAUCUUGCAUCCGGACAGCAAGGAGCUGGCCUGGCAGUUCAUGCCAUCCAUACGCGAGGCCAAGACCCCCAUGGACGUGCAGACGGUACUUUGCCGCGUCGAGGGCGUGCACGUGAUCCGCGGCGUCGCGAUCAGCCAGUGGAGAAAACGUAAGUACUGGGCUGCAAGUCCUGCAAAGGCUGCAAAGGUUGCCGGCGAGCGGCCCGAGUCGCCGCCGAGGCUGGACAUUGGCGCAUCCAGCUGCGACGAGGAGGGAGACGCGGAUCUCGUCUACGAGUUGUGGAAAGCAUGCGCGUCGGAUGCCAUGCCUUCACCUCUCGCAGGCGGAGAGGUCGGCGACGAUGGUGUGGGUGUUGUCGCUGGCGGCUACGAGUGCCUGCGUGGCGGUUUUGGCGGCGGCGCUGGCGCUGGCGGCUUGAGCAGCGGCGCUGUGCCUGGCGUCGUUCCUGGUGGCGAAACCGUGCUCGAUCUCGAUGUCGUUGACGGCGGCGACGACCUCGUCGGCUUGGGAGGUCGCGGCGGAGGCGGUGUCGACGAGGUCGGACUGCCCGGCAGCGUCGAGGGGUGGGUGUCCUCAGUGAUCGGGCAGGGCGGUGAGGGAGGCGGCGAAGGCGAGGGCGGCGGCGGCAUGGGCGGCGGCGAGGGUGACGAUGGCGGUGGCAGCGCGGGCGGCGGCGCAGGCGGCGGCGAGGGUGGCGAUAGCGGUGGUGGCGGAGGCGGAGGCGGCGGAGGCGGCGGGGAGGCGGACGGCGGCGGCUUCGACGGGGCGGAGAGAGGGGAUGGCGAGGACGAUGCUGAUGGCGGCGGAGGCGAGGGCGAGGCGGAGGGAGGCGGAGGCGAGGGCGAGGCGGAGGGAGGCAGCGACGGCGGCGACGUAGACGGCGGCGACAUCGAAAACAACGGCGGCGGCGGCGGUGGCGGGGAGGAGAUGGCUCUGGCUCUGCUGGGCGGCGGCGUUGCGUGCGUGCUCUACGGCGGCGAGGAGGCCGAGCGCAUCCAGUUUACGGCGGCUGCUGCUGGGGCGGUAGCGUCCUCGGCGACGCAGGCGGCGCUCGGUGCGACCGCAACGGGACUCUCGCCCGAGGCGGCGGAGACAGCGGCGGGCGAUGCGGCCGAGGCAGGCGACGGCGGGGCAAGCGACGAGAGCGUGGCGGAGGGCGGCGACGACGGCGACGGAGGGGGCGGCAGCGGCGGCGGCGGCGAGGGCGACGAAGGGGUCGGCGCCGAGGACGGCUGCGGCGACGAUCCUCGUGAGGUCUGGGUCGAGGUGGUCACCGACUCGGAGGACGACUCGAUGCAGGGCAGCGAGGUGGUCGAGGGCUCGGAGGACGUCUCUAUGCCAGGAGGCGAGGUGGUCGAGGUCUCGGAGGACGACUCGAUGCAGGGCGGCGAGGGUGUCGGCGACGGCAACAGCGGCGCUAACGAGUCUGUGAACUGGUGGUCCGUGUCGACCUCCGAGUGGUCGGACGAGGAGCGGGAGGUAACUUCGAUGCCCAUCGCCGAGCCGACGGUGGAACCUCGGCCGGCCCUGAUGCGCUUCCCGGAUGGCGCCCCCGGGCGCCGGCGACUGAUGCUGGGCGGCGGCGUUGCCCGGCCGUUGUAUGGCGGCGAGGCGGGGGAGGCCAUACAGUACCUCGCGCCGCAGGCUCUGGACGAGCUUGAGUUGACCUUCGCGCGCAAGAAGGGCGUGUACUACGCGGGCGUGUAUGGUUCGGCGGUCACGUCCGACUCGGACCAGCGGGUGUGGGGCGGCGGCGAGGCGGGCGGCGACGAGGGCGGCGGCGAGGGCGCAGGUGGCGGCGCCGAGGGCGGCGCCGAGGAGAUGGCUCUGGUGCUGCUGGGCGGCGGUGCCGCGGUCGUGCUCUACGGCGGCGAGGAGGCCGAGCGCAUUCAGUUUACCGCGGCUGCUGCUGGGGCGGUAGCGGGCUCGGCGGCGCAGGCGGCGCUCGAUGCGACCGCUGCGGGGCUCUCGCCCGAGGCGACGGAAGCGGCGGGCGACGCGGCCGGCUCCGCAAUCUUGUCUGGCGGUGAGGCAGGCGGAGAGGUGCAGGCAGUGCUCGACAGUGGAGCGGAGGCGACGGGCGACGAGGAGGUCGACGGCGGCGAGGUGGGCGGCGGCGAGAAAGGCGGUGGUGAGGCUGGCGGCGGCGAGGCUGGCAACAGCGGUGAGGCGGGCUACGGCGGGGCAGGCGACGGCGUCGAGGAGAGCGGCGGCGGCGACAUCGGCGGCGGCUUCGCCGAGGCGACGCGUAGCACAGCGGCCGGUGACGACGGCGGCGGCGACAGCGGCGGCGACAGCGGCGACAGCGGCGGCGACAGCGGCGGCGACAGCGGCGGCGGCGGCGACGACGGCGGCGGCGACGGCGGCGGCGAGGAUGGAGAUGGCGAUGCGGGCUAUGAAUACGAUGAAGAGGAGCUACAGCUCGCAGAGGAAUUGUUGCGGCUUUCAAAGGCUGCUGCGGCUUCGGUGCUGCACGCGUUCCUCAUCCAGGACAGCUACUGCAUCGGCUUAUCGCACCCUGUUGUGGACUGGCUGUGCGUGAGCCGCGCCUGGCGCGAUGCCUUGGGCGAGAUUUGGGGCGCCAUCUUCCGCACGGGCCUCAGCGUCCAGCUCAGCAGUGCGACGGUGCAGGGCUUGCAGUGGCGCAUUCCGAGCUACCUGACCGAGCUGCACCUCACCCUCAGCUCGGUGGAGAGUUUGCCAGGAGACGAUCGUCGGAGGCUCGGGCAGCUCCUGGCCUUGCUGCCGCCCGGUCUCCAGACGUUGACUCUGGAGACCGUUUACGUUAUCCUCGAGGACCCUGAUGCGGAGGUCUUGGCCGCGGGGCUUCCGGCGGGGCUGCGGAGCUUGUGCCUUACCUCCCCGCGGGGAGGUCGAAUGGGGGACGCCUCGACGGAGACCCUCCUCCAGCGCUGCCGCGAGCUGCGCUCGCUCGACUUCAUGGCGUGCUGGACGCCGGCGCUGCGGCUGCCCUGCGCGCCACAGCUCAGAGACCUCCGCCUGGCCUGCUGCAUGCGGGACCCGGCAGCCUACUCGACCCUCUCGACGCUGCCACGGCGGCUGGACUCCCUCAAGCUCGCUUUCAACGACGAGGAGGGUAAAAACCUACACAAGGAUCUUGCGCCGUGCUGGAGCGUGGUGGCCACGGCGCUGCGCGCGCUCACGGUGCCCAAGAUCGAGCUUGCGGCGUACUACGUCGAUCGGAGUGACGACGGCUUCUGCACCAAGCUCCUGACGAGCCGCCUCCCUCCAGCGGAGCUGUCGGUGGUCAUGGGUUUCUACCGCUGCGGCCUCUCCGUCGCCGCCCUCUCCCAGCUGGCGUCGCAGCUGCCGCCGACUCUUGCGGCGCUCUCCAUCUCCUUCGACUACAAGGCCUCUUUCGAGAUCGACUACGAGGGUCCGGGGCCCGACUACCAGGCGACCCGGACGGCGGCCAUGCGGCGGUUUUUCGAGGCGCUCCGCGCGCGGCCCCUGAAGCGGCUCGAGUUGGUGGAAGGCUUCGAGUGCUUCAUGGGCAGCAAGGGCGACUGGGAGCUCCUGUUUGAGAAUCUGCCCUCGACCCUCGAGACGCUCAAGAUCGAGACGCACGCAAAGGGACUCGGAGAUCGGGGCGCGGGCGUCUUGGCGAAGCACCUGCCGAGCGGCCUGCGGAAGCUGGACCUCUGCUUCAAUGGGAAUGGCAAUCCAAUCGGCGGGUGCGGGGUCGGCGCAAAGGGCGCCCUGGCGCUGGUCGAGGCCAUCCCGGCCGGCCUCGAGACCGGAUCGCUUUACGUCGCCGACCUACGCACGUCCGGGCCCGCGUACAAGCGCCUCCGAGCCGCGCUGCCGCGCUGGCCGCGAGGCCGGUUGGACGGCAAGCACAUCACCAUUUGCCGCACGUGA